AUGUCUUCAACUGUCUCUGGUUUCAAACCUCGUCACUUGGUUUCUAUGCUAGAAUUAGAGAAAAAUGAGUUAAUCAACUUGAUCGAUAGAGCACAAUAUUUUAAAAAUUUGAUUAAAUCAAAUCAGUUACCUCCAAAUAAUCUAGAUCAGGCCUUGAAGGGCAAAACUUCAGCUUUGCUAUUUACAAAGAGAUCAACAAGAACCAGAAUCUCAAGUGAAGGUGCUGUUGUUUAUUUUGGUGGCCACCCCUUUUUCUUGAAUCAAAACGAUAUUCAAUUAGGUGUUAAUGAAUCCCUAUUGGAUACCGUCAAAGUACUAUCCUCAAUGACUUCGUGUAUCUUUGCAAGAGUUAAUUCACACAACGAUAUCCAAGAAUUAUGCAAAUAUUCUUCAGUGCCCGUUAUUAAUUCCUUGUGUGAUACAUUUCAUCCUUUACAAUCCAUAGCUGACUUGCUAACUAUAAAGGAACAGUUUAGCGAUUUGUAUGAUCCAGUUGAAAAAUCGUUCAAAGGAAAAUUGAAAUUGACUUGGAUAGGUGACGCAAAUAAUGUUAUAAACGAUUUAUCCAUUGCUUGUUUAAAAUUCGGUAUUAAUGUCUCAGUUGUUUUACCUAAAAACAUUCAAUUUAAUAACGAUAUUUAUUUAAAGGGCAAGGAAAUCUCAAAGGAAAACAAUGUUAAGUUUGAGAUUUUGAAUGAUCCAGUAAUUGGUUGUUUGAAUUCAAAUAUUUUAGUCACCGAUACAUUUGUUUCAAUGGGUGAGGAAGACUCAAAGCUUGAAAAGUUGAAAAAGUUUGAAAACCUUCAAAUCAAUUCAAAUUUAGUCAAGUCAAGCAAAGUCAAUUCCAAUUGGAUAUUUAUGCAUUGUCUACCAAGACACAAAGAAGAAGUCAGUGAUGAGGUUUUUUAUAGUGACAACUCGGUUGUAUUUCAAGAAGCAGAAAACAGAUUAUAUGCUGCUAUAUCAGCCAUUGAAGGAUUUGUCAUCAAUAAAGGUAAAUUAGUUUAG